UUGAUAUGAUUUAAAAUAAUACACACGCUUUUCCAAGCCCCAUGUGAGCUGCUCUCCAACCUUUUGCCCUACACACACUAACCAGUCUGUGCCUAAAAGAUUUGCCCAUCCUCUAAUCAUAUAAGCGCCUCUUCAGGAAAAUCAGGAUAAAAGCUUCUCUCUCUCUCUCUCUCUGUGUCUCAGCCACCCUGGUUCUGUCAAAAUUUUAACUUUACCUGUGUCCCAAAAUGGUUUUUAUUAUUUUACAAGAACUUCCAUGGGUUUUGCACUAUUUGUGGUUCUGGUUCUGAGGGUCUCAUUUAUAAGGUAGUUUUUUGUUUUCAAAAAAAAAGUUGUGUAAUUUUCAUACGGUACCUGGUUUUUCUCGUGCCGUGUGCUUCAGGCUAUAAGAAAGAUAUUUAUAAUGUGAAUUUCCACAAAAAGGAGGAGUUUUCUAUGCUGUUCAAUAAGGGUCUUCUUCUGGGGUUUCUGUGUUUUAUUUACUUAUUUAUUUUUUUUCUUAGUAUUGAAAGCAUAUUUAAUAUUAAUUUCCUAAAGUAAAAAUAUUCUAGUAUUGGAUUUUAUUAGAUUUCAAUUUUUUUGCAUUUAAGUUUCUUAUCAUUUUGGUUCUUCUGCUUCUGAUAUUUUUUCCUUUAGAGAUAAUUCAUUUCAUAACGGGUAAGUUAGAAUCUUUGGACUGAUUUAUAAAUCCAGGUUUCUAUAGCCCUUCUGCGGAUGUGAAAUUCCUAGGCAAAAGAAGAAAAAAAAUGACAUCUUUCAGUGGGUUAGGUCUUAGUCUGAGCAUAGUUUUUGGUUGUCUUUUACUGGCACUAGUUGCAGAGCUCUACUAUUUGUUAUGGUGGAAGAAGAAAAGAAUCACAGACAGAGAGAUUGAAGAUGAAUACAGAAACUUUGCAAAGGAACUCUUUCAUUCCGUUUGCUGGAAGAGACCCUCUCCUGUGCACACAAAUGAGACUAAAGAAAUUAGAGACCACCACCCAGAUGCCAUUAUUAAUGGUCAUGAACCUGACCUUGAACUUGGUGGUUCUACAAAGGAUUUGCUGCUCAAGACCAAUGGAGAAGAAGGUGUUGAAUCAGAGCUCAUGAGACUUCACAAUCUUGCUGGUCCACCAAGAUUCCUCUUCACCAUUAAAGAGGAAACCAAGGAAGAUUUGGAAUCUGAAGAUGGGAAAUCCAGAGGAGAUAGAAGCAGAAAAGGGUCAAGAACAAGAAGCUUGAGUGAUCUUAUAGUUGCUGUGGAUACUCCAUUUCUCACCCCUUUGGCUUCCCCACCGUUAAAGUCCUCUCCUUUGAAUCCUCUGGAUUCUUACAAACACCAUGGAUUCAAUCCCCUCUUUGAAUCAACAACAACUGAAGCGGAGCGGUUUAAAUCUUCACCACCUCCAAAGUUCAAGUUUCUGAGAGAUGCAGAGGAAAAACUGUAUAGAAGAUUGAUGGAAGAAGCUGAGAAAAGGGCAUCUCAGAACUGUGGCUCUGCUGCUCAAGAUUCCAUGGCUAAAACUCAAGCUCCAUUCAAUUCAACUACGGUUGCAGAAGAUCAGAAAGAUGGAUCUUUUUUAACAUUCAUUGUUGGGAAGAACAAAGAGAGAGAGCUUAAUCAUCAUCAUCAUCAUAGACCACAGUACUCUUCAAGCUCUUCCCAGGUACUUCCAUUGGCUUCUUCUCCUACAGCUUUCAGACCACUGGACAAGAAAUCCACUGUGCAAUAGAUCUUUCAUAAAACCUCUUAGAUCGUUUGUUAAUUCUUUUAGUCUUUUUAAAAUUUUCAAGAUAGAUGUUACAUGUGUAUUAAUCCAGAAAGAAGAAAGGUAUUUUUCUUCACUAA